GUCAAACUCCUGGUACAGUUCCAACCCACCAGACCUUAUCAAUCUAUCUCUCUCCAUUUUUUCUUCCUCCAAUAAGCGAAAAAAGAAAAGCACGCAAUCACCUUCUCUCGCACCUCCCCCAUUUACGGGCACUCCCUAUCCUUUCUUCUUUUUAACUCGUUCAUCAAUCGUACGUGCGUGUAAAAUAAUCAGACUUCUAAUUUUGAAGUCAAAAGUACCCGAAAAUAAAGAAGGAAAGGUGGCACAUCCGAUGUAUGCAAGGAGAAUAAAUUGUAAUAAUCAAAGAUGGAGCAACGUGGUCCAACGUGGCAAAGAUUUGAUUUGUUCUAACUGUCGAGAUCACUUCACUGCACAAUGUUCAACCUGCAUACCAAUAGCCAGGAAUUAUAGUUCUCAAGCUAGUUUGGUUGGAAGAUAUUUGUCAAAUUCCUUCUUAUCAUCAUGUUAUAGGUGCUUCACAAGAUUGGAACGGAGGGCAGAUAUUAGUUGGAGAAGUUGUGGACGAAGGUUUUAUGGUUCUGAAGGUGAUGGAAGGAAUACAAGUGAGGACAAACACACACCUGCCAAAGAUGUGACUGAUUGUGAUAAGGGAAAGAUUCAGAAGGAAAGUAUUACAGACAGUAUCAGGCAUUAUGAUGCACAUACUCGACUAGGGGAGCAAGAUCAAACGGAAUGGCUCAAAAAUGAAAAGCAUGCCAUAGAAAAUAAAAAGAAGGAAUCCCCUUUUCUAACUAGAAGAGAAAGGUUUAAAAAUGAGUUUUUGCGUAGGGUCGUCCCAUGGGAGAAAUUAACGGUCUCAUGGGAUACAUUUCCUUAUCAUAUUCAUGAACAUGCAAAAAACCUUUUGGUGGAAUGUGCUGCCUCCAAUUUGAAACACAAGAAGUUUACUGCAGCUUAUGGCGGCCGCUUGACCUCUUCGAGUGGGAGGAUUCUGCUUCAGAGCAUUCCAGGUACCGAGCUUUAUCGAGAGAGAUUGGUCAGAGCACUUGCCCAGGACUUACAAGUCCCACUACUGAUGCUUGAUAGCAGCAUAUUAACACCAUAUGCCUUUAGUGAAGAUUAUUCAUCUGAAAAUGAAGCAGAUGAGGAUAACACGGAAUCAGGUGAAGUAGGUACAUCUGAAUCUGAAGUUGAGGAUGAAAAUGAUACGAGUAACGGGGAAGAGCAUACCAGCAGUAGUGAGGCAAGAACUGAUGCCAGUGACAGUGAAAUUGACGUCCAAGCUUCGGCUGAAGCCUUCAAAAAGCUAGCUCCAUACAAACUUGAAGACUUUGAGAAGAGAGUCUUGGGAGAAUCUGAUAGUUCGUCGGAAUCUUCAAAGUCAGAGACUGUUGAGCCUUCUGAUAAAGCUAACAGAUCGUUAAAGAUUGGGGAUCGAGUGAAAUACACUGGACCUUCUGUUCUCAUUGAAGCUGACAAAAGGAUUGUAUUGGGGAAGAUACCAACACCUGACGGACCAACAAAUGCUUAUACUGUUAUCCGUGGCAGGACUUUGUCCUGUGGUCAACGAGGAGAGGUAUUUGAAGUGAAUGGUGACCAAGUAGCCGUAAUUUUUGAUCUCACUGGAAAGGCAUCAAAGGAAGAUAGAAUGUUAGACCCUGCUGUCAGAUCAUCAAUUUACUGGAUUAGCGUUAAGAACAUUGAACAUGAUGUUGAUGCUCAAACUCACGACUGCUAUGUUGCUAUGGAAGCACUCUUUGAGGUCUUGCAGUCUCAACAACCACUGAUUGUAUACUUUCCGGAUUUUUAUUUAUGGGUUUCAAGGGCUAUUGCAAAAUCGGAUCGUAAAGAGUUUAUCAGCAAGGUCAAAGAGAUGUUUGACCAAUUAUCAGGACCUGUUGUUUUAAUAAGUGGAGAAAACAAAGCAGAAACUGGGUCAAAAGAAAAGGAGAAAUUUACUAUGAUACUUCCGAAUUUUGGCCGUCUUGCUAAAUUGCCUCUUCCUUUAAAGCAGCUUACAGAGGGAUUCAAAACCACCAAGCAAUCUGAAGAUGAUGAUAUAUAUAAGCUAUUCAGUAAUGUCAUUAGUAUACACCCCCCGAAGGAAGAAGAUCUUCUGAGGACAUUCAAUAAACAGAUUGAAGAAGACCGGAGAAUUGUGAUAGCUCGAAGCAACUUAAACGAAUUGCAUAAGGUCCUCGAGGAGCACGGACUAUCAUGCACGGACCUGUUAAAUGUAAAUACUGAUGGCGUCGUACUGACAAAACAGAAAGCAGAAAUUGUCAUUGGUUGGGCUAAAAAUCACUACCUAUCCUCAUGCCUUCUUCCUUCUGUCAAGGGGGAUCGGUUGCACGUGCCUUAUGAGAGCCUCGAACUUGCAAUUUUAAGGUUAAAGGAGCGCGAAACUGUAUCCAAGAAGCCUUCCCAGAAUUUAAAGAAUCUUGCCAAGGAUGAGUUUGAGAGCAACUUCGUUUCAGCAGUAGUUCCUCCAGAUGAGAUAGGUGUCAAGUUUGACGAUGUUGGUGCUCUUGAAGAUGUAAAGAAGGCUUUGAAUGAACUUGUAAUUCUUCCCAUGCGGAGACCUGAGCUAUUCUCCCAUGGAAAUCUGUUGCGGCCAUGCAAAGGAAUAUUACUCUUUGGACCUCCUGGGACUGGGAAAACCCUUCUUGCCAAGGCGCUGGCAACAGAAGCAGGGGCUAAUUUCAUCAGCAUUACUGGUUCAACUCUUACAUCUAAGUGGUUUGGUGACGCUGAGAAGCUUACAAGGGCACUCUUCUCAUUUGCUAGCAAGCUUGCUCCUGUAAUUAUUUUUGUUGAUGAGGUUGACAGUUUACUUGGUGCUCGUGGGGGUGCUUUUGAGCACGAGGCAACUAGAAGAAUGCGGAAUGAAUUUAUGGCUGCUUGGGAUGGACUGAGGUCAAAAGACAGCCAGAGGAUCCUCAUCCUUGGUGCCACAAAUAGACCAUUUGAUCUCGAUGACGCUGUCAUUCGACGCCUACCAAGAAGGAUUUAUGUGAACCUACCAGAUGCUGAAAAUCGUCUGAAGAUACUAAAGAUAAUACUUGCUCAAGAAAAUCUGGAAUCUGGAUUUUCUUUUGAUCAGCUUGCAAAUGCUACCGAAGGUUACUCGGGGAGUGAUUUAAAGAACCUUUGCAUUGCUGCAGCAUAUAGACCUGUCCAAGAAUUGCUAGUUAAAGAAACCAAGGGUGAGCAAAAUGAUGGUGUUCCAGUUUUGAGACAACUUAAUUUGGACGACUUUGUCCAGUCGAAAGCCAAGGUGGGGCCGUCCGUUGCAUAUGAUGCAGCCAGCAUGAAUGAGCUGCGGAAAUGGAACGAACAGUAUGGUGAAGGAGGAAGCCGUAGGAAAUCACCAUUCGGUUUCUGAAAUUAGUAGUAACUAUAUUUCGACAUCUCAUUGUCUCGAGAAGCUUAAACCUCAGAAACUUUGUAUUUGUAAGGUAGAAUCUCAUUUUUUUCCCCCUCCAAUUUAAUUGGUUAUGGUUUAUGAGUAUGGUAGGGUUCCUAAUCAGGGCAAGGAUAUACGUAUAGGCUAUUAUACCAUUAUUUAUUAGUAGUUCUAGCAUCGCAAUCAUAUUACACUGUCAUGCACUCUGUGUAACUAUACUUUAUUCUUACUUCGUUGUCUGAAGAUCAAGAUUGCAAUGUCUUAACUAUUAAGAGUAUUAAUAAGCAUUUGAGUUUGUAAUUUUUCUUA